UUUUUUCCCCCUCUUCCAGCGCACUUCCUCAUUUGCAGUUUGUGUCCAGGCCUCCCUUGGCACGGACGAAAAUGUUUGCCUUCAUGCUUUUUUCGUCAGUCACCUGGACUUUGCUGGCCCUCUUUUUCACCCUGUUAUUACUGUACAGCAUUUGGCCGUAUAGGUUUUUCAAAAACGUGGGAAUACCCGGACCAAGGCCAAUGCCUUUUUUUGGAACACUGCUAUGCCUAAGAAAGGGAAUUUUAGCUUUUGACCGUGAGUGCCAGGCCAAGUACGGAGAUGUCUGGGGGCUGUACGAUGCACGAUUACCAGUUUUAAUGGUGGCAGACCCCGAGAUUAUUAAAACUGUGAUGGUGAAGGAGUGCUACUCUGCGUUUACCAACCGCAGGGAUAAUGUUGCAGUGACAGGACCUUUGGAGGAUAUGAUUACAUUAGUUAAAGAUCAACGCUGGAAAAGAAUUCGAAGUGCUUUAUCUCCAUGCUUCACCAGUGGAAGAUUGAAACAGGUUUUCCCCAUGGUUGCUCACUAUGCAGACCAACUCGCUGAGAAACUUGGACAAAAAAAUUUGGAUGAACCUGUCGAUGUCAAACAAUUUGUGGCGCCUUACAGUUUAGACGUCGUGACCAGUGCGUCUUUCAGCGUUGAGGCAAACUCCAUAAACAACCCAGAAGACCCCCUUAGUGUUCAUAUCAAGAAGAUUCUUAAUUUAAACCCUUUGCUUUUUCUUUUAAUGCUUGUACUUCCCAUUGUUGCCCGUCUGGUAAAACUUCUGAAUAUUCAAGUGUUCCCCAGACGCAGUCUGAAGUAUUUCCUCAACAUCAUCAAGAGAUUUAAAGACCAGCAUUGUGCAGAAGACUCUAAUCGAGCAGACUUCCUGCAGGUGAUGGUUCAGAGCGAGAUACCAGAAACAGAGAUCAAGAAUGAACAGGAGCAGCCAUCUAAAGGUUUGACUGAACACGAGAUCCUCUCCCAGGCCAUCACUUUCAUCUUUGGCGGCUAUGAGACCACCAGUGUCACUAUCACGUACAUCCUUUACAAUCUGGCCACCAACCCCGAUGCGAUGCAGACCUUGCAGGAAGAAAUUGAUGCCAGCCUGUCGAGAGAUGCUCCAGUUUCAUACGAGGAUCUGCUCCGUCUGCAUUACCUGGACCAGGUUGUUUGUGAGUCAAUGCGUUUGAUUCCCACUGCACCUCGGCUUGAGAGGAUGUGCAAAAAAACCGUCCAGGCCCACGGCAUCACCAUCCCCGAGGGAACCCUGGUUGGGAUUCCUGUGUACAUGUUACACAAGGACCCACGCUUUUGGCGUUCACCGGAGCUUUUCAGACCAGAGAGGUUCAGCAAAGACAGCGGGGAGGAGGUGAACCCAUACGUGUACAUGCCGUUUGGGCUCGGCCCUCGUAACUGCAUUGGGAUGCGUUAUGCGCUCCUUGUCAUGAAAAUGGUUCUUGUCCGUCUCCUGCAGCGUUACACGGUGGAAACAUGCAAAGACACCGUGAUUCCUUUGGAGUAUGACUGGAAGUUCCAGCCGACUCAGCCAAUAAAACUCAAGUUUGUUCCCAGACAGCGCUAGUCCAAGAGGGAAGAUCUCCGAAUAUAUCUGGCUUCUGAAUUCCAA